AUGAACCAAGUCAAACGAAAAUUACGUUCAAAUCAAUCUUAUAAAAAAGAAAAAAAGAAUUUACAACAUAAGGUUAACAAUAUUCAAGAAACAGUAUUGAUAAAUUUCAUUGAAAAUUUAUCCAAUGAAUGUUUUUAUGAAAUAUUCGAUUAUCUUGAUGGUUAUCAUAUAUAUAAUGCAUUUUCAAAUCUUAAUUAUCGUUUUCAACAAUUACUUAAUUCUUCAUCUCUUUUAUUUAAAAUAAAAAUUGAUUCACCAUCGAAUAAAUUAUAUACGAACAUCUGUAAACAAAUUACACUUAUCAACAAACAUCGAAUAUUUUCAUUUGAUUUAUAUUUACCAAUAGAAAAUAAACAUUUCUUCUCGUUAUUUUUCAUCAAUUCAUCACUUGAUCAUCUUGAAUCACUUACUCUUAAUUAUCUUGAUGCGGAUGUAAGGUUCAGCUAAUGCAAAAUUACAGUAAAUUUUUUUUUGAAC